AUGUCAAAAUUGGGAAAUCGAGUAAAAAAUGACAGCAGAAGCCUGAAAAAGUAUCCCCUGGACACCAAGGAAGAUCCUAGAAAGAUAUUCAACUUUGAAUAUUUGACUAAUGUUAACACCAUUUCUCACAUUAAAUACCAUGGACGGGUCAUGUUUAUAAUACGUGGAAUUUUUUCCUCUAAGAAAACUAAACUCAGCGACCUCCUACAGGAAACAUAUCCAGGAUCUUCUUACUGUUCGGGUGUUAGACUAUUGGAGAAAUUUGAUCUUAAGGAUGAUCCAUCAGUUCUUGAUUCUAAAAUUUCGAAAGCCACUAUUGAUGAAUGUAUAAAACUUGUAGAGGAAGCUUGCCGUUCCAGUCAGCCCACCAUUGUAGUUCAAAACUCUCACAUGAGAAAAAUAGAAAUGCUGGUUUUUUUAAAACUGGCAAUAAAAUAUGAUUACAUCGUUAUUGUAGCAUCUACUAUGCACAAAUUUUAUAUCACGCCUGAGGCUGUGGCCAGGAGAAGUCAUCUGAAUACCACUUACAUAUACAUAAGAUUGAACCAGUGGGAAGAUGUGCCACCCUUAUUCACAGCAUGGUUUAUAUCAGCAAAUGAUUCGGAAUUCAUGAGGGGCAUCACAUUUGAAAAACUAAAGGUUCUAAAUAAAAUAAAGCUAUUUCGAUCAUGGUUUGAAACUGACGAUGUUGCAAGCUAUUUUCAGCCUCGAGCAAAUUUGUGUUGUUUAGCUGGCUAUUCUACAGAUGAGGACGUGAUGAAAAAUUAUUACCUUUCACAAGAUGUUCAAAAGGUGUAUGGCAAGUGUUUCCCAAUCUUUAUCUUAGGAUUUCUAAUAACCAAAUCUGAUAUCAUAGGCGUGGCUCAAAUAAGUACAGACGCAAAAUCCCUUGUGAUGGAUGACUUGAACAAAAGCAGUAGAAUUAUUACGAGUGAAACACCUAGUGAUAUUUUACACUAUGGAAGAACAACCCAGUUCCCCGAAAAAGCAAAAUUACCACCGAAAUCAUCAGGAUUCUGGAUGAAAGGAAAAAAACUUUCUGCUGAAAUAUGUCGCCCUAUUCACAUAGCUCAGAAAGGCUUUGAUGUCUUUAACAUGGAAAAAGUGAUCGAACAGUUCAAGGAAGGUCUACAGCUAAUGUCUGAUAGCGAUGGCAGUUUGAAUAAAAGAUAUUUCGAGUCAAAAAUUUAUAAACUAAAUGAUGAUUUGUGGUUCACCAAUGUUAUGGAGAUGAUUUGUUUUUCAACUAUUUUUACUGGAUUUUAUGUUUAACUACAUAAGAAAUGAAGGAAUUAAUCAUUACUUCAUUAUUGUUUGUUAAUGUUUAAGUAUGCAAUAUUUUGAAUUGUUUUUUCUUUAUGUAUAAGGGUUUAUUAUUUUAUUAA